AAGAACCCAUUAUUUUUUUCCAGCAAAUGUUAUAAAAUGACAAAACCCGAACCUAUUAAGGAUUUUAUUAAUUUCCAUUAUGUUCGAAUUACUCCUUCUAAGAUGAUAUUUCAAGAAACAAAUUUUAGAACGGAUUAUCAAGCGAAACUUUCGCUUCAAAAUGUAGGAAAAUCAAAGGUGAUGAUAAGAAUACUCCAACCAACAUCAAAAGUGUUUCAAAUCGAAACUAUACCGACUGGUAUUGAUUUACCACCGGGAUUAAAAAUAAUCAAAACAAUUAAAGUGAAAAAAUUAGAUAGAAAUUUUGAAAAAGAAUGUUUAAUACCAAUUUACGUUAAUGAUUAUAAAUACGAUUUUUUGGCUGUAUUGUCACCUCCGUCUAAUACAAUUACUGUCACACCUAGUGAUAUUGAUUUUGGAUUAUUAAAUAUUGGAACUUUACAAGUUUCUCAAACAUUAACAAUUAGCAACGCAACUGAAAGGGAUUUUUCAUUUCAAGUUGAUUUACGGAGAUGCGGGGAGAACGUUAUUGUUGAACCAAUAAGGGGUAGAGUAAAAGGUCAUCAAUCUUACCAAGUAAUCGUCCGAGUCGUAACUGUAAUCGAUGUAGAUAUCGAAUACAUUAUUUAUGUAAAAUGUGCAUUUCAAUACAUUCCGGUUCGAAUAAAAGGUAAGGUGAUCUUUCCCAAAAUGGAAGUAAUUCAUCCGAAUGCAACAGAAACAUUUACUUGUUUAAUAUUUCCACCUACAUAUUAUGGAAUACAAUGUUCUAUAAAUUUAUUUAUAAGAAAUUAUAGUGCUACUGGAUACAUGUUUGGCACCUUUGGUGAUAUUUUGGAUAAAUAUAUAGAAAUUGACAAAGCUCGAAUUGAGCGUAUGGAUUUUAAAUUUUUUGAUAUGACGCCAUCAGAUGGGGUUUUUCAAAGUAACGAAACUCGAGUUUUUAAAUUUACUUUCAGUCCAUUUCAGAUUGAUAAAAACACAAAGAACAUACCAUAUUUUUUCUGUAAAUAUGUAAUGUUUAGAUUCCUUUGCGACCAUUAUUUUGGACCAACCGCAGAUGUGGAAGGAACAUUUCAAAGUUCAUAUUCGAACGUAGCUUUUUGUAGGAAUGUAGCAAGUUCACGCUGCAAUACAUUUCGGCGAGAUUCUGUAUCAAUUUAUAUUUUUUCUAAAGAAAAAUCGCACCAUUUUUCUGUUACUCAAACCGACGAUAACUACACAAGAUUUUAUUUAUACGGUACGGCCGAACCACCAUCAGUUAAAAUAAUUCCAGAUUCAUUGAUAAUCGAAAAUAUUACUAUAAACAUGAGAGAAACAAGAGUAAUUGAAUUAAAAAACAAUUCAAAAAAUCUUCCGAUUAUAUUUCGUUAUAAGAAAAUACCCUUUAUUUUUUUGGAGUCGGAAUAUUUUCACGUAAAGUCAUUGGGGUCGAUUCAAAUUUCCGUUCACAUCGCACCGAAGCGUUUAGGAAGAAUUAAUACACACCUAGAAUUCGAUUUAAUGUAUUACAAUAACAACGAACUCAAAGUUAUUGGUGAAACAAAAAUUAACAUUGAAUACAAUGUGUCUAUAAUUAGCAAAAAAUUAAAAAAAUACUCCAUUUCGAGUUUAAAGCCGAUUACUUUAAGAGAUAAAAUUAAAUCCGUUACCUUAAGUAAUUUAUUCCAUAUCGAGAAGAAUAACGAUUAUUACAAUACUUUUAUUCGAAGAAAACAAUUUAUAAAAUCGAAGUCGAUGGUUUCUUUUAGUGGUAAUGAAGAAUAUGACGUUACGGAUAUGAGGAAGGUGGUUUGUAAAGAUUUAAAGUUGAGUAAAUGUGGGAAACUGGUGCUAAAUGAAAAAAUUAAAAGAAAUAUGUUCUUUUUCCCGUUAACUCCGCAAGAAAUGGCUAAUGUUGUUGUACUUCCUCCGGUUAUAAAAACACCACGGCGAGCAGAGAGGAUAUGCGAUAAAGAGAACCUAAGAAAAGAAGAAAGAUUCCUAGAAGAUGUGCUGCAGAAGAACGGCUACACGAUGAGAGAUAUCCGACGAGCCACCAAACCACACAAACAGAAGGAUGACUCGGUAAGUACGACAUCAGCCGGUUUUAUCUGCCUUCCUUAUGUUUCAGGUGUGACGGAGCGAAUUGCGAGGCGUCUGAGGAAGAAUGAUAUCGUGGUACGAUACGGUACGGUCAGCAAAAUACAAAACGCUCUUCCGAUAGCCAAAGACAAACUAACCCCAUUAAAGGGAGCGGGAGUCUACCGGCUAUCUUACAGUUGCGGGAAAUAUUACGUUGGCCAAACUGGACGUAACAUCGAGUGCCGCAUCAAGGAACACGAAAGAGACGUCCGACUAAGGAAGAUCCAACAAUCUGCAGUCGCAGAGCAUUGCCACAAAAGAGGACACAGCAUAGAGUUCGAAAAAACCAAAGUGCUAGCAAGAAACGGGCAUUACUUCCAAAGAUUGACGAGAGAGGCCGCACAUGGAAGAUGUUGGUGA